CAAAAAACAUCCAUCUUUCUUCUGCAAAUCAAGCAAACGUAACAAGAAGAAGAAGAAGAAUAAAUGGCAAGCAACACCGAGAAGAUGUCAUACAGCGCCGGCGAGGCCAAGGGCCAAGCUCAGCAGGAGAAGGCGAGCGGGAUGAUGGACAGGGCGGCGGACGCGGCACAAUCAGCAAAGGAGUCGGUUCAAGAAGCAGGAGGGCAGAUCAAGGCCAAGGCUCAGGGAGCUGUUGAAUCGGUCAAGGAUGCCACCGGGAUGAACAAAUCUAACUGAUGAUGAAUCAGAUCCCAUCAUAAUCCGCCCUCGCGCCAAAAAUAAAAACAAAAUAAAAUACUAGUAUAUACACGAGAUUGGAUAGAUUAAUCACAUGUGUUAUUUUUUUUUUUUUCCUUCGGCUUCUUUUUCCGGCCAUGGUCGGUUUACUUUGCUAG